UUUGUCUUAUCUUGUAAGAGCCAGGAUUUUAAGUUAGAAUUAUAUUCUUAUAAUUAUUAUAUUGUAUACCAAUUUUUAUUACAGUAUGUUGAGAUUAUUAUUUUAAAAAUGCCUUCUCUUUUAACUAAAACCAUUUUACUCAGUUUUUGAUAUGAUCAUUAGGCAUUUUUUUUUGCCUCUUUCUGUAAAAUUGCUACUCCUCUUGCUUUCAGUUUAUAGACGGGAUCACUGAAAUACUUAAUUGUCUUUAAAAGUUUUAACUUGUAAUUAAAAAAAUCUUAUUCCCUGCUCUCUUCUGGAUUCUUCACUCCGAUUUGCUGUGAGCAGUGAUCUUCCAACCUGACAGCAGGUCGUCAGUGAUGGGCCUGAGAAGGUGGAGGAAGUCCAUUUGGGGAGAUGAGGAAAGCCUAGGAAGAAGUGGAGACAGUGCCCAUGGACCACUGCUUGCACGAGUUUUCUGGAAAGUCGAUAACGAGAAUUUCAUACGCCGAUGAGAGAGGUUAGGUAGAGAGGCAGUUCCCGGCGCAAUUUAACUCAACGACAAAUGAGCCAUCGUCAUAUUCAGGCCUGGUGCCGCGACCGACAAGGAUGCUGAGCUGAAGUUCCCGGCACGUUAACAACCCACGGGUUGGUCAGGGUGACGUGGGCAAGAUGACAGUCAGAAACACACAGGGACGGUACCAUGUGCCACUGCAGCGUGAACACGUAAGAGCAAGAAGGGACACGUGCGCCCUGCUUGGCUGCACAGGACAGGGCUUCGUGGAGGACUGGCAUUCGAGGAGGUCACUUACCGUGUCUUGCUGUACGUCAGGUCAAGGUCAUGUCUUCGCAAGGAGGCCUGAUGGGUACGCCACGGGGACAGAUGCCGUAGUGUGCGCGCGCCCGCCCAGUGUCCACGUGGGACGGGAUCUAGCGCAGAGGCGCACGGAGCGGGGACCGUCAGGGCCCCAUCCUUACCGCGAACGUCCCGUCCGGACAGCGGGCGCAGGCGGGGCCGUGAGGGACGCAGGCGCGGAGGACGCUGCCGGCCAGUACGUCUCCCCCUUCCACGAUAUCCCUCUGAAGGUGGACUCCACAGAGAAUUUGUUUAAUAUGGUUGUCGAAGUGCCUCGCUGGACAAAUGCGAAGAUGGAGAUUGCCACGGAGGAGCCGUUGAACCCCAUUAAACAGGAUUUGAAGGAUGGCAAGCCGCGCUUUGUGGCGAAUAUCUUUCCUCACAAGGGUUAUAUAUGGAAUUACGGCGCCCUCCCUCAGACUUGGGAAGAUCCCCAUCGGAAAGAGAAGAGCACGGACUGCUGUGGAGACAAUGAUCCUAUUGAUGUUUGUGAAAUAGGCUCAAAGGUUCUUUCUCGUGGAGAGGUUAUUCGUGUGAAGAUCCUUGGAAUUUUGGCUCUUAUUGAUCAGAGUGAAACAGAUUGGAAAUUAAUUGCUAUCAAUGUGAAUGAUCCUGAAGCCUCAAAGUUUCAUGGUACAAUUGACAUAAACGCUUUGAGGAUAAACACACCUGAUGCUUGCUGAAGCUGAGAUUUGCCUGUGGAACGAAGGGUGGGCCUCCUUCUGGAGCAGUUGGCCAGACUCGGUGCGCAGACUGCUGUGGACGUCUGUCAGAAUGGCUUACGCGCGCCGAGGGUCUUUGUUAACCGUCCAGGAGCUGGUCAAGUAGAUCUCGAUUAAGAGUUUGACUUAUAAUUAAAAACAGAAACUGAAAUAAAUUUAGCUUGAUUACUACAUAAAAGAGCUCUUCUAGAUUAUUCUAACUUUUAUUGUUGGUUUAGUUCAUCUUGACAAUAACUUAUGUAAUUAUCAAAAUAGAAACUUUCAUAUAAAAUUAAUUCCAAGACUGGGGAUAAAUGACUACUAGAGAGUUGCUGCUUUUCUUAAAUAAUGUAUAUUGUAAAAAAUACAUGUAAUGUAAAAAUUCUGGAAAUGGAUAAUAGUGAUGGUUGCACAACAUUAUGGAGGUACAAAUGCCAUUGAAUGAUAUACUUAAAAAUGAUAAAUUUUAUGUUAUGUGUAUUUUACCACAAUAAAAGAAAACUAAGAUAAAAAUA